AUGCAACCAUGGCUAAAAAUAUCACUACUGCUUUGUACGUUCGGGUUUCUCAAAGAAAUUCGUCCCAGCGAACCGUUCAUUGUCGACUACUUGGCUGGACCUUGGCGCAACCUUACGAUGGAUCAGAUCAUACAAGAGGCAUUCCCGAUCGGAACUUACUCGUAUCUGGCGCAGUUAGCCGUGAUCUUUCUUGUCACGGAUUUACUGCGCUACAAACCGAUUAUCAUCGUUAACGGUGCUGCCGGUAUCGUCGUGUGGAGCAUGCUGACGUGGACCACGUCGCUGAGCGCUUUAAAGGUGUUAGAAAUAUUUUACGGCACGUACUGCGCAGCGGAGGUAGCCUACUUCAGCUACAUCUACGCCAAGGUUGAUCGCGAGCACUACCAGAAAGUGACGUCCCACACUCGAGCUGCCAUCUACAGUGGCCGAUUCCUGGCUGCUAGUACGGCGCAACUACUAGUGUACUUCGAAGCUAUGGACUAUCGUCAGCUCAAUUAUCUGUCACUGGGCGCACAGAUCAGUGCCACCGCGUGGGCGCUGUUUCUCCCGUCGGUACCAACGAGCAUGUACUUCAACCGUCGGAACAUAACUAAUGAUAUACAGGCACGAUCCGAUGCGAAUAAGCGUAAAAUGAUCGUUACGGUGCCCGACGAUGACCGCUCGGACGAUGGCAAACAAACGCCCACUGCUCAGGCGUGUGAAACAAAGGUGCCAUUCCGUACUCGCAUGAAAGAUGCCUUCAUCCUGCUUUGGACACACUUUAGAACAUCGUUUACAAAUCGUAACGUGCUCCAAUGGAGCGUCUGGUACGCACUGGCAAUGGCAGGUUAUAUCCAGAUUCUGGCUUAUGUUCAAGCUCUGUGGAGCUCGAUCGAUGAAACUCAACCUGCCGAAUGGAACGGUGCAGUCGAAGCGGCAUUGACGCUUCUCGGUGCCAUCGUAUCCCUACUGGCCGGGUACGUGCACAGUGGUUUCUUGAAGCCUCGCACCAGCCUACUGGCCCUUGCCACGCUCGCGUUUGCUGCAGGCGGAGCGAUGCUGCUCGCUACUAAAACAAGCACUCUGGUUGUGUCCUACGUCGGGUACAUGAUUUUCUGUGUCCUGUACGCUUUCGCCAUCACUGUGGUUAGCGCUGAAAUAGCAAAAAACAUAUCAGACGACUGUUUUGGACUUGUGUUUGGUUUCAACACUCUAGUGGCGUUAUCGCUACAAACGCUGCUUACCUUCUCCGUUACGGACUCGGAUGGUUGGUUUGCGCUGGACGUUUUCGGGCAGUUCACCGUGUUCAGCUCCUACUUCCUAGUGCUUGGUGGUAUUUAUACAUUGUUUCUGCUAGUAGACAUACUCAGUAGUGUGAUACGUCGUUCGGAGUAA